AUGUCAGCUUCGAAAGCAAAAAAUGCGGAUAAGUCCGAAGGAAAAAGGACCAAGGGCCAAGGACAAAGCGGUGUGAAAGGAUGCUGUUGCAAAAGGUCGCAAUGCAUCAAGAACUACUGCGAUUGCUACCAAUCCAUGGCAAUUUGCACCAAGUUUUGUCGUUGCAUUGGAUGCAGGAACACGGAAGUUCGCAAGGUGGUGGACUCCAACUCCGGGGCCAAAAACCCCAGUGCCGUAAAAAGGCAAAAGGCGGCUGCUAUGAGUGCCAAAGCAGCAGCUGCGGCUGCCAAGGCUGGCAUUAAUGUCCAGAUGAAGGGGCUCCAGGCUGAGGGUUCGGGAGUACGGCUACCCGUUAAACCCCAGGCCUCUCCCGCACCCUUUGGCUUUGUAACAGGCCAACAGCCAAUAGCUGUUCCCAUCAACGUCCCUCGUCCAAUUGCUACUGGCUCUGCUCCAGUCAGGAUCAUAAAGCCUCCGGUGGAGCCGCUGCCCGUGGCUCCAAUCGUUCCGGUGAGGCUGGAUGACCGCAGGGAGCGCAACCUCUUCGUCCAGCCGGUGAACGCAUCUCUGCUUGAAUGCAUUCUCAUCCAGGCCACGGAGGCCGAGCAGUUGGGAUUGAGCCAGCUCCAAGUGGGCCAAUUGGUUCUCGCGGAGUUUAUGCGCGGCUACAAGGAGAUCUUGGAAAAAAUCUGUGAAUACAACAAAGAUUUUUAUUAA